AUGGAGUCAUUCCUUUACCGGCUUAAGAAGAUGGGCUCUAAGAAGAUUAACUCUGAGCAUUGUGAAUAUGGAAACGAUACUUUUGUGCCUUCAACAGAAGGCUCGUCAUCGAGACUGGAGGAGGCCAUGUUGGCUUUAAAGAAUAGAGUAUCAAAAGCGAAACUCAAGGAGGCCAUGUUGGCUUUCGAGCACAAAGAAGAGAAUAUCAGAAGUUUGUUCUUCAGUUUGGAACCAAGCAGUGAAGGUGUGACAGAAUCCCUUUUUCAGAGCCACAUUCUGCGCAGUGUCCUCAAACACUCAUUGUGUUUUGCAUUUUCUAUGGCGCCAGAGGUCUAUCUUAUUAUAUAA